GUUUCCGCUGCUGUCAGUCUUGUUGAAGGUAGCAGAUCACACUUUUGAUCAUGUCCGGAUUGUUGCUCGGAGAUGUGUUUCCUGAUUUUGAAGCGGAGACUACAGUUGGAAGGAUAAAACUACAUGAAUUUCUUGGGGAAUCAUGGGGCAUCCUAUUCUCUCAUCCCAGAGACUACACACCUGUGUGCACCACAGAGCUGGGCCGAGCAGCUAGACUCAGCAGUGAGUUCACCAAAAGGAAUGUCAAAAUCAUUGCUCUCUCUGUCGACUCUGUGGAGGACCACCACAGCUGGACCAAGGAUAUUCUUGCUUACAACUGUGAAGAGUCAUCUUGUGUCUCACUGCCCUUUCCCAUCAUCGCGGACAGUAAACGAGAUCUGGCAGUGGCUCUAGGCAUGCUGGACCCAGAUGAGAAAGACAAAGAUGGCAUGCCACUGACAGCGCGAUGUGUUUUUGUCAUCAGCCCAGACAAAAAACUCAAACUGUCUAUCCUCUACCCUGCUACAACUGGACGCAACUUUGAUGAGAUUUUGAGAGUGGUGGACUCACUGCAGCUCACAGCAGGCAGACAGGUGGCCACUCCAGCUGACUGGCAGCCUGGAGAUUGUGUGAUGGUGCCUCCAGCUCUAUCAGAACAAGAGGCAGCCACCUUGUUUCCUGCUGGUGUCUACACGAAAGAGCUGCCAUCAGGCAAGAAGUACCUGCGCUACACACCUCAUCCAAACCAUAGCACAGAUCAUUAACAUGGACUUACCGAGUCCUUACUUAACAAUAAGGGAGCAUAGUAAGUCUGUGGUAAUUACAAAAAAAAUGACAUGGGUAAA